AUGGUUACUGCGGACGACAGUCGGUACGACAUUCAUCAGUUUCACGCAGCCUACAGACAGGACCUACCUGGGAUAUAUCAACGCGGCCUGCGCCUCGCCAUCCAAAGCCGUUCUUGUCCCGUCUCCCCCUUUGUCGCCGUGAACAUCUUUGCAAGAAACCCCGGCCUGUCCAGAAAUCAACAUCCAGUCCACGACAUGCAUGCCCUCCUGCUGUUCCUCUUACCAGGCAUCCUCGGCGCCGCAAAUGCCGCUUCAAUCAUGGACUGCGGAAGCACAGCAAAAGACCUCGAGUUUCACGUCGCAGGAUGCGCCGACGCCGACCCCGCCUGUGUCUUCUCGUCGCGCCACAACGCCUCCGUAGAAGCGUCCUUCACCGCUCCGGCCCCCUUCCAAAGCGCAAAGAUAGACGCCUCUGCCUCGGUGGGCAUCAUCCAGCUCGACUUCCCCCUGGAGCCUGCCGAAGCAUGCGGGAACUGGGGCCUCCAGUGCCCGGCUCAAGCUGGGUCGCGCCAGACGUUAAAGGUCGAAAUCCCGGUGCAGAGUUCCUAUCCCAAGAUCAAAGUCGGCGUGAAACUACGACUGAUUGCUCAGACGGGGGAGACUUUGAUUUGCAAAUCGUUCCCGGUGAGGAUCACGUAG